UUUGUAGUGACUCUACAAUACAACCUUUUCCUUCUCUAAUUGGAAAAUUUAUGACUCAGAGAUUUCUAUUAGUCUUAGUAAAGAGAUGAUCUAAAAUUGAGUGUCUAAACCUGCAAUCUAACAUGUAGAACAUGUUCAAAUAUGUGCAUUUUUUCACAGAAGAGAUUAGCAAAAGCCGUGUUAGUGCUCAUCAGAAAAUAGAGCUAAAAGGAACAUCACAAAAAUGUACUGGUUUGCUGAUAAUCCUGCUCUGUGAAACUAGAAUACAUAUUUUCAUUUGCUAAUCCUAUUUACAGAAGAUAAAGUCCCAUGCUUCGGAGCACUGCCAACCGUGAACUGCUUGGUGUUUAGCACAUAAUACUGCUGCCUGGGCAAGUGAAGCAUUGUGUCUCGCUCCUUUAAGUAACCCAGUUAAAUUGCCUCUGCCUACCACACCUGGGAUUACAGGACACUUCAUACUUUUUAGAUAAACACAGAAUAACGAUGAGAAGCAAUUUUCAAGGUAUUGCCCCAACUACUCAGAAAAACAGAUGUAAAUGAGAGAAAAGCUGUUUAGAAGAAGCAAGGUCUGGAUUUGCUCUGAGAUAGAGUAAGACUGCUGGAGAAGCUAUUGGAUUUGACAGAAAAACACAGAAGAGAUCAUGGUGAGUGACAGUGGGAAGAAAAAAAUGUUUGGAAGUUAAUGGUGUGGAAAUAAGGCUAAGCUUUAAUUAAGAAACGUCAACGUUGCUAACAACUGCACAAAGAAGGAAGGAAGGACCUUUGUGACCAAGGAUGUGGUUGUCAUGGAAACUCUUGCUGUUUCUGUCACUUGCUGGCUGUCUUUCAGAUUAUUCAGAAGCUGUUCCUGGUCUCCCCACAUCAUAUGCUGCUAUCCUAAGAAUCAAAUCUGGUAGUUCAUCUUUAGCCUCAUUUAAUUCAAAGAACAGACCACGAUUAAGCAGUCCUUCAUUAGGAAGUGUAUCUUCACCAGGCUGGAGAGGAGCCACACAACAUUAUCACUCCCCGACAAACCUCUACCACUUCUCAGAGACCUUCAAACAUGAUGAAAGUGUUGAUUAUGGGCCAGUGUUUGUACAAGAGCCAGAUGAUAUGAUUUUUCCAACUGAUUCUGAAGAAAAAAAAGUGUCUCUGAAUUGUCAAGCACGUGGAAAUCCUACUCCUACAUACAGAUGGCUUCGAAAUGGAACUGAAAUCGACAUUGAAAGUGAUUAUCGCUUCAGUUUAAUAGAAGGAAGUUUGAUCAUCAGCAACCCCAGUGAAAUGAAAGAUUCUGGACAGUACCAAUGUUUAACUACCAACAUGUUUGGCAGUAUUUUAAGCAGAGAGGCUGUUCUUCAGUUUGCAUAUCUGGGGAAUUUUAGCGGUCGGACAAGAAGUGCUGUAUCUGUACGUGAAGGUCAAGGAGUUGUUCUGAUGUGCUCCCCUCCACUUCAUUCUCCAGAGAUCAUCUAUAGCUGGGUAUUUAAUGAAUUCCCAUCUUUUGUGGCAGAAGACAGCAGGCGUUUCAUCUCUCAGGAGACAGGCAAUCUCUACAUAUCCAAGGUACAAACAUCCGAUGUUGGCAGCUACAUAUGCCUGGUGAAAAACACAGUGACAAACGCCAGAGUUUUGAGUCCUCCUACGCCUCUGACACUGAGAAAUGAUGGUGUGAUGGGGGAAUAUGAACCAAAAAUUGAAGUCCAUUUUCCUUACACAGUUACAGCUGCAAGGGGAACUACUGUUAAGAUGGAGUGUUUUGCACUUGGAAACCCUGUUCCAACAAUCUCUUGGAGGAAGGUUAAUGGUCAUAAUCCAAGUAAAGCCCGCCUGAGAAAAUCCCAAGCUGUGCUUGAAAUACCUAAUGUGCAGCUAGAGGACUCAGGAAUGUACGAAUGUAAGGCUGAAAACUCUCGUGGAAGAAAUGUCUUCAGAGGACAGCUACAAGUAUACACCUACCCUCACUGGGUGGAGAAGCUCAAUGAUACCCAACUAGACAGUGGAGAUCAGCUCCGGUGGGAAUGCAAAGCCACUGGAAAGCCAAGGCCCACUUAUCGCUGGCUGAAAAAUGGAGCUCCUCUCUGGCCACAGAGCAGGAUUGAGAUGAUUAAUGGUGUUCUGAUGAUCCAUAGUGUGAAUGUCUCAGAUGCUGGAAUGUAUCAGUGCUUAGCAGAAAAUAAGUAUGGUACGAUUUAUGCCAGCGCUGAGCUGAAGAUUUUAGCUUCAGCUCCCACUUUCCCACUGAAUCAAAUGAGAAAAACAAUAAUUGUUACCAAAGGCCAAGAAGUUGUCAUUGAGUGCAAGCCAGAAGCCUCUCCAAAGCCAACUAUCACUUGGAAGAAGGGCGACAAAGUGUUAAGGGAGAAUAAGAGGAUAACUAUCCUUCCACAUGGGAGUCUGCGAAUCCUGAACGCUUCCAAGUCUGAUGAAGGGAGGUAUUUAUGUCAAGGUGUAAAUGUAUUUGGAUCUGCAGAAAUCAUUGCAUCAGUAUCUGUUAAAGAACCUACAAGAAUAGAGCUGACUCCAAAGAAGAUUGAGUUAACGGUUGGAGAGAGCAUCGUCCUCAGCUGCAAAGCCCUUCAUGACAGCACAAUGGAUGUCACCUUCUACUGGACGCUCAAUGGGCAGCCAAUUGACUUUGAGAAAGAAGGUGGACACUUUGAAAGCAUCAAGGCACAAGCGUCCUCUGCAGAUUUAAUGAUCAGGAACAUCCUCCUGAUGCACGCUGGGAGAUAUGGUUGCAGGGUUGAGACCGCAGCGGACACCGUGUCGGAUGAGACAGAGCUGCUUGUUAGGGGUCCUCCUGGUCCCCCAGGGGUUGUAAUAGUGGAGGAAAUUACAGACACAACAGCAACACUCUCCUGGAGUCCUGGGGCAGACAAUCACAGCCCUAUCUCCCUCUACAACCUGCAAGCACGCAGUCCAUUUUCUCUUGGCUGGCAGACCGUAAAAACAGUUCCAGAUCUGAUAAGUGGUGACAUGGAGUCUGCUAUGGCUGUGGAACUGAACCCUUGGGUGGAGUAUGAGUUCAGAGUGGUAGCAACCAAUAAAAUUGGGACUGGAGACCCAAGUGCACCAUCGCGAGUGAUCAGAACCAAUGAAGCAGUGCCAAAGACACCUCCAGCUAACGUAAGUGGCAGAAGUGGAAGGCGGCAUGAAUUAGUAAUAGCAUGGGAGCCAGUGUCAGAGGAGUUUCAGAGUGGAGAAGGAUUUGGAUAUAUUGUAGCCUUCAGACCCAAUGGGACGCGUGGGUGGAAGGAAAAAAUGGUGACAUCUUCAGAUGCAUCAAAAUUCAUCUACAGAGAUGAAAGUGUGCCACCUCUGACUCCUUUUGAGGUGAAAGUUGGCGUUUACAACAACAAAGGAGAUGGUCCCUUCAGCCCUAUUGUGGUCAUCUGCUCAGCUGAAGGAGAACCCACUGCUGCUCCCAUCGAUGUCAAAGCUACGAGUUUGUCUGUAUCAGAGAUUCUUGUUGCAUGGAAACAUAUUAAAGAAAGUCUAGGAAGACCACAGGGAUUCGAGGUUGGUUACUGGAAGGACAUGCAGCAGGAAGAAGCAGCAGAAAAGGUCAAAACAGAGGGAAAUGAGUCAUCCAUCCUCCUGACAGGAUUAGAAGGAAACACGUUAUACCACCUAACAGUGAGGGCAUACAAUGCUGCAGGGUAUGGACCACCUAGCACUGCUGUGCAUGCAGCAACCAAGAAGUCCCCUCCCAGCCAAGCACCCGGCAAUAUUAUGUGGAUACAGGAUGGCUCACAUGUGUCUCUUGGGUGGGAGCCAGUCAGACCUCUAGCUAAUGAAUCUGAUGUAAUGGGAUACAAGGUGUUGUUUCGGCAAGAGGGCCAGAGCAAUAGCCAAGUUAUAGAAACACAAAAAACCUCUGCAGUGGUACUUCUUCCUGAUGUUGGGGUCUACAUCAUUGAGGUCUGUGCAGUCAGUGAAGGAGGGGAUGGGACUGCAAGUCCCCAGAUCAGAGUUCCAUCUUUUUCAGGAGGGAAAGUAACAAGUGCUCAGUCCACCUUACAUGUGUUGUCUACUUCCUCAUCCUCUGUAACACUGCUUUUGGCACUGAUGGUACCUUCGACCUCAUGGUGAAGGCUGCAGACUUUGUUGUUGUUGUUAUUUGUUUGCUUUAACUUGAUGACACCAAGGGAUGGAGUUUUAUGUCCGUGGAGAAACUGAAAACCCAAGCAAAUGCUUAAAGACCCAUCAAAAUGCCUGUGGUGCACUUAGAGAAGUGUUGGAGACACGGUCAAUAAUUCAUCAGGUUUUUAUCUCUUCUUUAUUUGUAAAAGUCCUCUGGGGAGGAGACCCUUCUUGGCCCAAAAAUAUGCAGAUUGUAUGUAAUAAACUUUUGUAAGCAAAGGUAAUUUCUGUCAAAUGUAUUUUCCUUUUUUAAUAUGUUUAAAUUUGGCAAACUCCGUCAUGUAUCACCAGGUGUUUAAAGGGUGAUGUCUAGUACAGUACACCUGUAUGGUCUGGAGAAAAGAAAUCCUUUUUUAAUUAUAGAAAAAAGUUUGAUACAGCUGGUUGUUCCUACUGCCAAGGAAGAAAAACAUAGUUUAUAUACAAUGACCUCUACAAAAGUAAAGAACUUGUUCUGAAAAUAUAUAAUAUAUAUUCAUUUAGCAAAAAGAAUUGUCAAUGGAAUACUAGACAGCUUACCCCAGAACAUAGCAAAAUGGAGCAAAAAAAUCCAUUUAUUUUAUUACCAGGUAAAUGAAAAAUUAUUAAACACAAGCUUAGGAGGAAACCAGUUGGUUUUUAUCAAAUACCACAAGCUUUUAUGUCCAAUGGAAUUUUGAGUAGAAAAUAAGAACUCAAUUCCUACUGCAUAUGAUAAUGAAAAUUCCACUGGGCAUUUAAACAUCAUAUACAUUAAGCUACUAAGAGGACAAAUAAAGCAAUGCAAGGAGAUAAACCUACUUUUCCCAAUCACUUCUCAGUUGUAACUUUCUUUUUCCUCUGAGUACAAUUUUUGGUAGCACUCUAUGCUUUUCAGAAUGGCAUUAUCCACAUAUCUAGAGACUGCAGUAGGAUAUAUUUUGGAGAAUUUUUUUUCUGAGAAAAAAAUACUUGGAAAAGUGCUGCAGAGCAUCAUUCCAAUUAUUUAUCUAAUUGGGUCUAUUUCUAUAGCUCACUGGAGAUUAUUCUUGUAGGUACUGGGUGAUAUCAGUUCUAAUCCCCAUUUUUUGCUGUACCAGAAAAUUUUUUACUCAAUAGACAAUUUGGACAAUUUUUCUACAUUGGAAGGCCUUUCCACAUACUGGAACCUGAGGAAAAAUGAUUCCCAGGGAAGAUGGGGUGUGUGUUUGUACAAUCAUGGUGGGCAUUUCGCUAAAACAUCUGGGGACUGUGCCUAGGAAAAACAUUGCACUGCCUGGGAAGAAUCAAGUCAAAAAUGGUUAACAUGAAAGUCCUAAUAGUGUGGUUCUUCUAGUUGUCUAUCCCUCUAAAAGUUUUGAUGAAAACCUAUUUUAGCUGAAUUGGUUCCCAAUUCAAAAUGCUAUUAUUUUGCCAGUACUAGCAAAAUAAUUUUUGGCGUUUAGAUAAUACACUACAACUGUGUUUUUUCUCAGCUGAUUCAAAACAGUAACCAAGAAAGCACAACAGAGACAAGAAGGUAAAAAGCUGACGAUGACUAAAUAUUUUUGCUUUUGAAUAUUUUAUCAGUAAAUUUUUUCAGAGGAGGUUCAACUUAAAUCUUUGCUACCAACUAAUAUUUUAAAUAAUUUUCUUUAAAAAUGGUUUUUAAAAUUACUUAAGUCACCAUGUUGCUCAGAAAACAAAGGCAGAAUAGCUAGCUAAGAAUUGACUGCAGAUAUACAGAAAGAGGCCUUCUAUAUCUCUGCUUCUGGAAAAGCCUUUGAGAUCAAAGACAGGAAGAAGUACCUUGCUGAUAAAGCAAACUCAUAGAGAAUAACUACCUGCUGUCCAUUGUAAAACAGCAGCACUGCUACUGUGCAGAGAGCCUACAUCAACAAUCCAUCAUCUGCCAAAAUGUUAAAAUAAAUAAGAAUAAAGUGAUGAACCAAAAAGUCAAAUGGAUAUUUUAUAAAUUAGUUAUGCAUAAUUUCUUCUAUUUUUUAUACAGUUGCUUGCCAGUGCAGUUCAUUUCAGAGUAUUCAAAAAGGCUACAUUCACUGCUGGUGGCAUUUGGGUAAACUUUCUGUUAACAAUAAAUGGAUAUGCUUUAUAGGAAGAAAAAAAAGUCUGAUAAGGAGACAGAGCUCCAUCUAGACACAUCUCCCUCUCUAGUAUGAAGAUACAAAUAGAAAUAUUGAACAUACCAUCAGGUAAUGUAGUUGUAUUGCAGGGACAAAAGGAGGUAUGUUUUAUAUUCAACAUGAACAGAAUAUGUAUUUUGCAUCUUAAAUAUAUUAAUAAACAUGUUUUAAAUGUUUAAGUACCUAUGUAUUACCUAUUUGUUACUUUGUAGAAGAUGUUUCCUUAUCAUGACAUUUUUAGUUGCAAGGGGAAGCUUUUUCCUCUUUCAUGUAAAAGAUUGUAAUAGUGCAGUCUGGCGUCACUGAGGAGACUGUAUUUUUGUAUGUCUGAGGAUCUGUUCAGAAAAAAUAAUAAUUAGAAAGAAACCUUGUUACACAGACCAAAAGAAAGUUGCUGUCAUGGCCCAUAUCAAAAUGUUAGAUAUAUUGUAUACAAUCUGUAUAUAUGCUAUAUAUAAUGGUAUAUACAAUGUGGAAGACACAGUAAUAUAAUAGUUUCUGUGUACUGUUCUUGUAACAUUAGAUCUUUUUAAUAAAUUAUUCUCUUUUUAUUGACUUUUA